AUGAAAAGAUUAGCCAUAAGCCCGACGACGACUUCUGAAUAUAAUGAAUGGCGGGUCAGAAGAAUCAAUGAUAACAUCCCAAGGCCAAGUCAAGGAGAUAGUCAGUCAAUAGAAGAACAUUUGCGGGUUGUUCCCUCCAAAUUGGAAAUUAUGAAGCACGAUUUUGAGAAGAGAAAUGCAGAGCUUGAAAAGAGGAUUGAGCAGUUGGAAGAAGAAAAAAUGCACUUAGGAUUAGAUGUAGAUGUUCAAAAGUUAGAGAUGGAGAAAUUAAGAAAAGGAAAGAAUAAGGCUGAGGAGGACUUGGAUAGUUUGAAGAUAGACUACAAGAAAUUGACGUUGUCAAUAAGAACCGCUGGGCUAGGAAAAACUCUAGAGCAAUGGCGCCAAGAGAUUCGGGAGGAAAGGAUCAAGGCUGAUGGAUGGGAAAGGAAAUUCCAAGAGUUUCAGACGCGAAAUGGAGCUUUAGAAAGGAGUUUUUUAGAAAGCCAAAAAGAAAAAUACGAAUUAAAGGAUAGAGUGGUUGAGUUGGAAAGAUCUCUUCAUCAGUAUCGAAGUCGAAAUUCUAUGAUGGAAUUAAGGGCGAGCUUGGAAAAAAUCGAAGAAAUGAAAGGAAGAAUAGAAGAAUUGGAAUCAGCAUUGCGAAGUUGUGAGAUCCGGACUGAGUACUUGGAAACCAAUGAAAGUUGCCAGAAUGAGCAACUUUACCAUCUUCAAAAUUAA